CGAACGUUAGAACCGCCUUUCUCUCUCACAUCUCUCUCCACUCGCCCCACAGGCCACAGCAACCCGCCCGCCCCCAUAUAUAAAGCUUACAUUCCCGGCCAAUUUCACCCAUAUUUUCACGCACUCACACACACACACACACGCACCCCUUAAACCAACCAUCACACCCCGUAAAGAAAACCUUUUUUCCGCUGGGAGUUUAUCAGAGACCUGAAGGGAGAAAGAGGGAUAAAGACUAUCCAUUUACACUGCGUGUCUGUGUGUUUUUUUUUUUCCUCAUUUUUUUUCAAAAUCUCUCUGCAAUUAAAUUGAAUGGUGUAUUCGGAUGCCCGAAUGGUACCAGUAGAGAAGAGUUGAAAGAAGAACAAGAAGAGACGAACGAAUUCCAAUUCCCCAUCCUUUCUUCUUUGUAUGGCCAUGGGUUCUGAAAGAUCGACACCGUCAUCAUCGACAUCUCGGCCGCUCCACAAUUUCAACUUGCCCGGUUUGCGGUGGGGAAGUCAGAGGUUUCUCCGGUGUAAGAACGUUAACUCCACCGAUCAAGCUUCCUUCGCCGGUGGUCGCCGUUCUUCCCCUUCAUCCCACUCCGAUGUUUUCAAUAAUGGUAAUGGUGAUUCCAAUGCUUCCGAUUUUGGUCCUCUGAUCGGGAAACGCAAGGAAAGGGAGAAUUUUGAUGAACCCUCUCGUCCGUCGGCGGAUUACCGGCGUGGAUCCGAAUUUAGGAAAUCGGGUUUGAGUUCCAAGUCCGGCUACCCUCCUCUGCCGCCGGCGUCUGUGAAUACUGACUGUGGCCGUAGAAUCAGGUUGCCGCCAGCCGGCGGGGAUGAUGGCGACGGGAUCGCGGCGGUGAGGGAGAAGCUCAUGAUUGAUCUCCAAACGGAGACUGAUAAGAUAAAAGUCGCAAUUUUUAAAGAUGGUCUUGACUCAGAGGUGGCCAACGACAACACAUCCUCCCCGGCGCCGGUGGCCGUUUCUUCGUCGGCGGCGGUUACUGUAGCUGAAGCCGAGGCAGCCGCCGAUGGUGCUCUCCGCCCGUGGAACUUGAGGACGAGAAGAGCGGCUUGCAAGGCGCCGACCGUGCCCAACGGGUUCUCCGCCGGUGCCGGAACGAGUAACGGAAAUGGCGGUUCAUCACCUGGGAGGGCUCCGAAGCUGGAAUUGAUGAAGCCGGUUCCUUCCUUAUCUCCUUUGAGGCCGGGGACAGAGAAUCUCAAGUCGCCAAGGUUAAGGAGUGUGGUCGCCGCCGGCACCAGCGCGGCCGUGCCCAGCAAUGAGAAGGAGAGGGCAAAAUUCUCGGUGGCGCUUUCACGGCAUGACAUCGACGAGGAUUUUGUUGCUAUGACUGGUCGGAAACCCCCACGCAGACCCCAGAAACGUUUGAAGCAUAUUCAGAAAACUUUGGAUACUUUGUUUCCAGGCUUAUGGCUGAGUGAGAUUACUGCAGACAUGUAUAAAGUUCCUGAAACGCAAUAGAUAUAGAAAGGUGACGGCAUCUUUCUGACACUAAAUGCUCACAAUUAGGAAACAAAUCAUGGAAUGGUGAUCUUUUGAGAAACUUUUCCUCUCUUUUUGGGAAGCGUAGUUUUUGUUGGUUGAUUGUUCUUGCAGAGGGCGUGUGCCUUGAUGAGUAGAGCAGCUGUAAUUGUGAAUGUGGCUACUGAUCACCUACUAACGUAGGGGUACAUGGCACAUAGCUUACAUCUUUGGAACAUAGAAUUUGACAGAAGUUAUGAAAUUGCCUCCAGGAACGGGUGGAUGAGAAAGGGAUCUCAGUUACUCAGGCAAAUGCUAACUUUUGUUAUCACCAUUUUCUUUUGUUAAUAGGUUUCCUUUUUUUAGUUGGAAGGAAUAAAUGUACGAUUGUUGGACGCGUUGUUCAGUAGUAUUUGCGCUCAAUCCUUUCUAAAAUGAGCUUUAUUGUUUCUCUAUAACACUCUCUCAGUAUGUUUGAUUAAGCAUUUACUUUUGUGUCUUUAUGUGUAUUCUUGUACUUGCAUUACCGAGCUGCUAAUUUUUUAGUAUUGAAGGGAAAAAAUCUCUUGCUUUUCUUUGAUUUGCUUCAUUGUAUAAAGACUGAGGUCAGGACAGAGUACAUGCUGCAUUGUUUGCUUAGGUUUUUGCUGUUUGGUAGAUGGCAGGGUGCAAGUGCUAAGCAUUCUGGUCUGGCUGCCGUACAUUUGCUCUGUAACUUGAACACCGUGAUUCGCUGAUGCAACUUGAUGUUUGCAUUUAGGGUAGUUCUCUAAUUUAUACCGAUGGUUAAUCUAUGCUUGGAGCAUCCAUAGUGUCUGCAUCAUGUUGUCCUGGAUGUAUUUUCUUGUCGUGUCUUGACUCUUUUCGUGGCACUGUUUCUAUACUACGUGCGCAUUCUACUCUUGAAAAUUGUUGCACUUCUUCAAAUUCUCUGACCUACGUCCGAUUGCCUUCUAAGCUUAUUACUGUUCUCCUGUGAGGCAUGCUGUGCGAACCUUACUGUGUUG